UCGCACCCAAACCGCGUUUCCAGCCAUACGAUCCCACCUCAAACGGUUCUCCUCUCUCAUCUCCGAGAAGAGGAACAAGCGCAUAGACUCGACAUCUUCGGCCAACCAACGACGAGCCGACCCUACAUCUGUCUUUGUCGAUAAUCGCGACGACGACAAGAAGACGAACCAGGACAAAUUCAAGAGAGAAGAAAGGAUCGAAGAGAUGUCUUCUGUAGGACACGUCAAUGGGGUCAAGGUCUCGCCGACCGACGAUCCCAACCGCUUGGUCACCGUGACCGCCUCGGACGGCAAGACGGGCGACGAGAGGAUCAUCUCGUACACCUCUUGCAAGAUUGUCGGGAACGGGUCGUUCGGUGUCGUCUAUGCCGCUAGGAUGUUGGGCGAACAGCAGGAAGAUGGGAGUGAGCGGCCGGAGAGCGAUAUUGCUAUCAAGAGGGUCUUGCAAGACAAGAGGUUCAAGAACCGAGAGCUGCAGAUCAUGAGGCUUGUGGAGCACCCCAAUGUGGUUGAUCUCAAAGCUUUCUUCUAUUCGAACGGCGACAAGAAGGACGAGGUGUUCCUUAACUUGGUUUUGGAAUACGUGCCCGAGACCGUCUACCGAGCUUCGAGACACUACGCCAAGCUCAAGCAGGUCAUGCCGAUGCUGCAGGUCAAACUCUACAUGUACCAGCUUCUUCGAUCGUUAGCCUACAUCCACUCUGUCGGAAUCUGCCAUCGAGACAUCAAGCCCCAGAACUUGUUGCUUAACCCGGCAACUGGGAUCUUGAAACUUUGCGACUUCGGUUCCGCCAAGAUCUUGGUGGCAGGCGAGCCCAACGUCAGCUACAUUUGCUCGAGGUACUACCGUGCACCCGAGUUGAUCUUCGGAGCCACCAACUACACAACCAACAUCGAUAUUUGGUCAACCGGUUGUGUAAUGGCCGAACUGAUGCUCGGGCAGCCCCUCUUCCCUGGAGAGUCUGGUAUCGAUCAGUUGGUAGAGAUCAUCAAGGUCUUGGGUACCCCAUCGAGGGAUCAGAUCAAGACCAUGAACCCCAACUACAUGGAGCACAAAUUCCCUCAGAUCAAGCCUCAUCCCUUCACGAAGGUCUUCCGACCACGAACUCCCGCCGAUGCCAUCAGCCUUAUCACAAACCUCUUGCAGUACACUCCUACUGCUCGAAACACUGCCAUGGAAGCAUUGACACACGAAUUCUUUGACGAGCUGAGGGUGGAGGGUGCCCGUCUGCCCAACGGCAAGCCUAUGCCGGAAUUGUUCAACUUUACCAAAGAGGAACUUUCUGCCCGUCCCGACCUUAUUCACCAGCUGGUACCGACCCACGCUGAACCGGCUUUGAAGGCCCAAGGCAUCGACGUUGACACCUUUGUGCCAAUUCCUCUGGAACAGCUUCGAAUCACUCUAGAUUGAUCUAUUCCUGACGGUUCUAUUUAAUUCAACGAUUUCUUUUCCGCUCCAUCCCUUUGCCUGCCGGUUGAAACACCCAUGUCCCGUGCCCUUUGUGAGCGGAACGACCUUUCUGCAUGUCCCAUUAUCACCCCCUUCGUCCAACGAAUGUAUUACCUGUAUGAUAAGCACCGUAUCCUGAGCAUGAUUAGCGAUAAUAUCGGUCUCUUCUUCGAAACUGUCGUGGAG